AUGAAGGCCAUACUCCAGCGAGUGCUUUCUGCAUCUGUUACUGUGGAAAAGGAACUGGUCUCCUCCAUCGGCAAGGGCGUUCUGGUCUUCGCUGCUGUUGCCCCGGGGGAUACAGAAAAGGAGGCCGAGAGCCUGGCGGCCAAGGUCAUCAAGUUGAAGUUGUGGGAUGAUGAGAAUGGUGGAAGGUGGAAGAAAAACGUUCAAGACAUCGGUGGAGAGGUCCUCUGCGUUUCUCAAUUCACCCUGCUCGCCUCGACGAAGAAAGGCAAUAAACCGAGCUUCCACCAGGCCCUGGCACCGGACGAGGCGAAACGGCUGUACCACUACUUCCUGAGCAAGGUAAAGGAAGGAUAUGCAGCGGACAAGGUAAAAGAUGGCGUCUUCCAGGCAAUGAUGGAGGUCGCUCUCGUCACGUUGGAGCUCACCGCCGGGAGGCAACAAGAGGCCGAGGAUCUGGCCAAGCCAGGGAUCACUAAAUAA